CCACAUACUAUACCUCUCCCAUCUCCCCAGCCUGAGCUAUCAUGGAGGGACGUCCUCCUAGUGGCAGUGGGAGGGAUGUGGACAGCAUUGAGAUUCUCGACAACGAGAGGCUCACCGCCGAGAUGGCCUUCGACAAGGACUCCUCCUCCGCCGUCAUCAAGAUCCGACGCCGCUUGCCCGACUUGCUCCAGUCCGUCAAGCUCAAGUACGUCAAGCUGGGCUACGGCUACUCCUGCAACCUCGCCACCGUCCUCAAGCUCCUCCUCCUCCUCCCUCUCCUCCUCUCCAUCCUCAUUCAUCUCACCGGCCUAGACCACGCCCGCCUCUCCCAGAUGUGGAGCAGCCCCGCUGUCGCGCUGGAUAGCAUCGACGUGUCCGCGGCGAAAGCCGGCUCCGCACUCUUCUUGCUGCUCCUCUUGCUCUACGUGUCCAAGCGGACCAGGCCGGUGUAUUUGGUGGACUUCGCUUGUUACCUACCCGACGACGAGCGGAAAAUGUCCGUGGAGUCGUUCCUGAAGAUGAGCGAGGAGAGCGGGGCGUUUCAGGAGGACACGCUCCAGUUCCAGAGGCGGAUCUCGAGCCGGUCCGGCCUAGGGGACGAGACUUACUUCCCUAGAGGGAUCACGUCUGCACCCCCGAACCUGUGCAUGGAGGAGGCGCGAUUGGAGGCGGAGGCCGUCAUGUUCGGGGCCGUGGACGCGCUGUUGGAAAAGACGGGGGUGAGGGCGCAGGACGUGGGGAUACUGGUGGUGAACUGCAGCUUGUUCAACCCGACGCCGUCGCUAUCCGCGAUGAUCGUGAACCACUACAAGAUGAGGACGGACAUAAAGAGCUACAACCUCGGGGGAAUGGGAUGCAGCGCCGGGCUGAUAUCCAUAGACCUGGCCCAGAACCUUCUGAGAGCCAACCCGAACACCUACGCGCUGGUGGUGAGCACCGAGAACAUCACCCUCAACUGGUACUUCGGCAACGACAAGUCGAUGCUGCUGUGCAACUGCAUAUUCCGCAUGGGCGCCGCCGCCGUGCUCCUCUCCAACAGGGCCCAGGACCGGGGGCGCUCCAAGUACCAGCUGGUGCACACGGUGCGGACCCACCGGGGGGCGGACGACCGGAACUACCGGUGCGUGUACCAGAAGGAGGACGAGCGAGGGACGGUGGGGGUGUCGCUGGCGAAGGAACUGAUGGCAGUGGCGGGGGAGGCCCUGAAGAUAAACAUAACGACGCUGGGGCCGCUGGUGCUGCCGUGGACGGAGCAGUUCAAGUUCUUCGUGACGCUGGUGAAGAGGAAGGCGAUGGGGGCCAAGGUGAAGCCCUACAUCCCGGACUUCAAGCUGGCGUUCGAGCACUUCUGCAUCCACGCGGGGGGGAGGGCGGUGCUGGACGAGAUGCAGGAGAACAUGCAGCUGAGCGACCGGCACAUGGAGCCGUCCCGGAUGACGCUCCACCGUUUCGGCAACACGUCGAGCAGCUCCCUCUGGUACGAGCUGGCGUACACGGAGGCCAAGGGUCGGGUCCGGAACGGGGACAGGGUGUGGCAGAUCGCGUUCGGGUCGGGUUUCAAGUGCAAUAGCGCGGUCUGGAAGGCGUUGAGGGGCAUCUCGGCAGGCGACUGCGGACCCAACAACCCCUGGCUCAACUGCAUAGAUAGGUAUCCGGUGCCGGUGGCCACGACGGAAACGACAAAAAGUGUAGCCAAAUCCCACACCUCCCCCUCUUGAUUCAUUAAAGCGACAAUACGUUUUGAGGCUGAAUUAUAGGUGGUGGACCAGGACACGACCUCCUCUCUCUCUCUCUCUCUCUCUGCUCUAUUAUUACCACAAAUGUUGUUUUUUUUAAUUCAAAAAGAAAAAAAGCCUGUUGAGUGUUGACUAUAUAAUUCAUUGGAUAGUGAUUUUUACGGGAGAGGCAAAUAUUGAUUUUACUGCGUCAAUGUAAUGGAAGACGAAUACUAUAC